CGCGUCUUCGCGUCUCGCUGCCUCUCUGCUAACCGGCGCGCGCGUCUCGCCGAGCGAGAAAGGGCCUCACAGUCGUGUGCCUCCCCGUGGCCGCCGAAGCAUGCCGCGGGAACCGGACGAUGACGAGUCGGCCAGCGACGAGGAGCCCGAGGAGGUCCUCGACGACGGGCGCGAGCGCGGCGGGUCCUACAUCGGCGCGGGCGGGCGGAUGUACGAGAGCAAGUUUCCGGAGAUCGACGACCUGGUGAUGGUGCAGGUGCGGUCGAUCGCCGAGAUGGGCGCGUACGUCGCCCUGAUGGAGUACGACAACAUCGAGGGCAUGAUUCUGCUCUCGGAGCUGUCGCGCCGCCGCAUCCGCUCAAUCAACAAGCUGAUCCGGGUGGGGAAGCAGGAGGUGUGCAUGGUGCUGCGCGUGGACAAGGAGAAGGGGUACAUCGACCUCUCCAAGCGGCGCGUCUCCGCGGAGGACGUCCUCGCAUGCGACGAACGCUUCCAGCGCUCCAAGGCGGUGCACUCGAUCGUGCGCCACGUCUCUGAGGCCACGCGCACAGACAUGGAGUCACUGUACAGCCAGACCGCCUGGCCGCUGUACGCAAAGUACGGCCACGCCUACGAGGCCUUCCGGCUCGCCAUCUCUGACCCGGACUCGAUCUUCAACGAGGCGACCAUGCCCGGCCUCGACCCGCGGCUGCGCGCGAUGAUGCUCGAGGACAUCGCCAAGCGCCUCACGCCGACGGCCAUCCGCAUGCGCGCCGACAUCGAGGUGACCUGCUUCCAGUACGAGGGCGUGAACGCCAUCAAGCGGGCCCUCCUCAAGGGGGUCGCGCUAGGCAGCGAGGAGGUGCCGAUCAAGAUCAAGCUCGUCGCGCCGCCGCUGUACGUCAUGCUCUGCUCGUCGCUCGACAAGGCGGUCGGAGUCAAGCUGCUGCAGGACGCGAUCGAGGUGAUGCAGGCGGAGAUCCGCGCGGCCAAGGGGGAGCUGCAGGUCAAGAUGGCGCCCAAGGCGGUCGACGAGCGCGACGACAAGCUCCUCUCGUCCCUGAUGUCGACACUCGAGCAGCAGAACCAGGCGGCCGACGAGAUCUAGCCGAGAUCUAGCCGAGAUCUAGCCGAGAUCUAGCCGAGAUCUAGCCGCGGUAUAGCAGCAGAACCAGGCGAUCGACGCAGCCACGCACCUCGGCGGUACUUCGGCAGUACCUCGGCGGUACCUCUGCUCAUCUCGGUACCCCUCCCUGCGAGCAGGAGAUCGACGGCGACGCGGACGAGGAGGACGCCGACGAGGGCAUGGGCUCGGCCAACAUCGACGGCGUCUGAGCCGUUGGGGCGUCACCCGCCACAGACGGGCCCGUGGAGCGGUGGGCAGCGCGAGGCCGGGGUGUUCACAAUCACCGCGCACGUGCACGCCGGGUCUUUUCGUGUAACGGCAAAAGCGGCAAACACUG